AUGGAUAAUAUCGCAGGAAUUUUACGAGCUAUGUACUGUGGGUUCAUAGACAGUUUAAAGGGAGCGACUGUACUUUUUUAUAUGGACAAACAGAUCAAUGAGAGAAUACUUAAAAAUUCUCCUGCUAAAGUUCCAUUGAAAAAAGAUAGCGGGUUAAAUAAUUCUCCUGCUAAAUUAAAAGAGCAAAAAGAAUCGAAAAUUCUUAAGAGGACAAUUCAAUGCUGUAUGUUAAAUGGAGGUGUAUUUUGGGCGAGUAUAUUUAUAUUUGAAUGUGGACUGUUGCCAUUUUUAAAAUAUUUACUGACGAUAAUAUUCGGACACUCUCCGGGGAUGGGAAUGUUUGUCUGGUCGUGGAUGAAACCAUUUUUAUCAUUAACUUUUGGCACUGUUUGGGUGCUACCAUUAUUUUUAUUAAGUAGGAUUGUCAACAGUCUUUGGUUUCAGGACAUUGCUGACAGUGCAUACAGACACAGACAAGGUAGACCAUUAUUAUUAUCAAGCGUAAGUAAAUUGGUAGCUGAUACAUUAUUCAGCAUCCUGGUACAGGCGCUGUUUUUGGGACAAGGUAUGUUAGUGUCCCAGGUACCUCUACCAGCGAUUGGAGAGUUGCUAGAGCUGAUACACAUGUGCCUUCUGUAUGCUCUUUAUGCCUUUGAAUACAAGUGGUUUAAUAUGGGAUGGGAAUUGCACCGAAGGCUGACGUUUAUUGAAGCCAACUGGCCGUAUUUUGUCGGGUUUGGAUUUCCAUUGGCUGUUUUAACUCAGUUACCUAAUUCUUAUGUUAUAAGUGGUUGUGUAUUUUCUAUUUUAUUCCCAUUAUUUAUUGUAAGCGGUAAUGAAGCUCAACCUGUCACUGGUGUUUGUGACUGUCCAUUAAAAUUAUUUUCACCAGUAAUUGCAAUAGCCAACACACUAUUCAACAAAACCAUCGGACCCGCGAACCGCCGAUGA